AUGGCCACCCGCAAACGCAGACAAAACAACAACUAUCCCACCGACUAUGAGUCCGACACCUAUCUCUCCGACAUGCCGCAACAGCAACCCGCUCCGCCGCUGCGCUCCAAUGAAGAUCUCAACCUCUCCGUCAUCCGCCGCCACAACCCGUCCGUGAAUUCCAUCCUUUCGCUAGCCCCCUAUUCCGUGGUGUACAUCUUCAGUCCGACAACGCGACAGUGGGAAAAGAAUGGGGUGGAAGGCUCACUUUUCGUGUGCCAGCUAUCGCAAGGCGAUCUGGGCGAGGAACGGUACAGCGUCUUUGUGCUCAACCGGCGCGGACUCAACAAUUUCGACCUACCUCUCACUGACGGCGAGAACGUGGAAAUCACAGAGGAGUAUGUGAUUCUGAAAGCGGACGAGGGCCAAGAGGGCGAGCAGGGCGAGAACGGCAUCGCAGACCCCUUGAAUCCGCAGGCCAGUAACCACAACGGCACCGGGAGCACUGAUGUCCGCAUCUACGGUCUCUGGAUCUACUCGGAACCGCCGCCUAACUCCACUGCUGAAACGCGCACCAUCAACGCCCAACUGAUCCACGAGUGUGCGACCCACGCCGGCCAGAGCCUCAAGCUGGCGCGCGAGCGUCUGGAGGCUAUGCGUCAAAACGGUAUGCAUGUUGCUGCAGCCGCGGCGUCAACUCAAGCUGCCCCGCUGGACGAGGUCCAGACCAGCGUGGCUAUGGGCCGCCAGAUCUCACUGAAGGAUUUGUUCGGCCAGCAGCGGGCCCAGGACGAUGGUUGGAGUGUGCGCGCUCAUAAUAUGGGGUCUGGAGAGCAGUAUCCGGGAUACCCUGGCAUGAUGCCGCCUCCGCCGCCUCCAUCGCAGCCGCAGCCGGACGUGUUGGGGGCUCUAUUUCAGAGAGCAGGGUUGGCCUAUCAGGGCGGUGGACAGGGAUACUAG